CAAAACUUAUCCCACUAAGUGAGCUUAUCCACAUGAACCAGUGAUUAAUUGGCUCAAAGUGUACUGUUGGAAAGAACUGUUGGGAGCUUCACUCAAUGGCUACUGGUGCUAGUUCUUUUAGUGAUUCUACUAUGAGGAAUGAAGGAUAUGAUGAUCGCCAGCUGAAAAACAAUGACGAAAUCAAGAAACUGGUCCAGUCCAUGGAGAAAAAACUAGAAGAGGUCAGUUACUUGCAAUCCAAUUAUGAUAUAUAUCGAGUUCCCACGUCAUUUCACAAGCUAAAUUCAAAAGCUUACACACCUCUGUCAGUCUCAAUUGGCCCUCUGCACUACAAGGAUGAACACUUACAGAAAAUGAAAACACAUAAGUUGCGGUAUUUAAAUCGCUUUCUUAAUCAACCCAAUGGGAAAAGCUUAGAAAUUUUUGUCAAAGUUGUGAGUGAUCUGGAAGAAGAAGCUCGCAAAUGUUAUUCGGAAAUCGUGGACUUAAGAAAAGAAGACUUUGUAGAGAUGAAGGUGAUGGAUGGUUGCUUUAUACUUCAACUCCUCAAGACCAUGGCAUUUGGGGAGAAGGAUCAUUUCGUAUCACAUUUGUCAUGGUAUUUCGAAAUUUUGGCUGACCUAAUUAAGCUUGAAAAUCAGAUUCCCUUCUUUGUUCUUGAGCAGUUAUAUGGUUUAAUCUUUGAUCGUAACAAGCUGUCCUUCAAUCAUUUUAUCUAUGCACAAGUCUUAGCCAAUUUUGCAGUUGGACUCCAUGGUCCAAUCCAUGGAAGUUUUGAACAAUUAAAAUCACUACCAAUGCCAAAGGGUAGAGUAAAGCAUUUUCUUGAUCUCUUAAGAUAUGUCCUCGUUCCAUCAUCUCCGAGGGAAUCCGGUGAAAGUUUUUUGCCGCUUACAUGUUGUGCCUCAGAACUUAAGAGUGCCGGAGUCAAGUUUGAGAAGAAGGAGUCGUCUGGCUCUACAAAGACAUAUUUAUUUGACAUAGACUUCAACAAGGACAAGGGAGUAUUGAGAAUCCCAACUAUUGUGAUCGAUAACGUUACAGAACUUGUCCUUAGAAACCUCAUUGCCUUUGAGCAAGGUCAAGACUGUACUGCUUAUUUCACAUCCUACGCAUGCUUCAUGGAAUACCUCAUUAACACUCCCACGGACGCCGAGUUAUUAAUACGGAAGGGAAUCAUUAGAAACUACUUUGGCAACCCAGAAGAUGUGGUGAACUUAUUUAGCAACCUUGGCAAAUAUACUGUCCUCGGGAAUGAUUAUUUCUUUGAUGUUACUAAGGAUUUGGAGGAGUAUCACAAAAGAGCUUGGAAUAAAUCCAAGGCAAGUUUAGUGCAGACUUACUUCAACACCCCAUGGGCAUCAAUAUCAUGUGGUGCUGCAGCGUUGCUCCUGUUCUUGGCGAUAAUACAGACUAUUUGUUCCAUCUUACAAGUUAUACCUUGAAUAAGUCAUUCAAGAGGACCUUCCACUUUUCUCCCCCCCUCCCCCCUUUUUUCUCGUAUUCCCUCUUCUUUUGGUGUGUUUUUUCUCCCCCACCCCCUCUCCGUUUGAAUGCCCUCUAUCUUAGGGCUUGAUCUUGUACCUCUCCUGUUUGCUUGUUUAGUCCUCUUAUAUAUGUUUUUUUCUUUUUUAUCUUUAGUUAUUAUUUCUAUCCCCCCACCCCCCAAAUCUACUUCAUGUAAGAUGCUCGAUCAUAAA